AUGUUAAGCAAUUUGUCAUCAAAGAAGUCGCGGAAGACGAGGUUCGAUUUGUCAUUCUCGGUGAUGGACCUUACGAACCUCCCACAACUCACCGGGUUGUGUUAUGUCAAAUGGGCAGUGAAAGACUCCGCAUCGCAUCCUAUCAGCAAACCACUCUCUACUUCAAGUUCUGCUAUUCCUUCCUCGGGAUUUUUGUCAACUCUGGGAAUUAGAUCGGCUUCCUCGACAUUGGAGAAAUCUUCAAGGGGUUUCACUAGUAGUGCGGACCCUCUGACAGGGGACAGCAGCUAUAAUUCUUCGAUAUUUGGAAACUCUUUCAAAGGCACCACCGUCCCCAAGACAAUUGAUAAUCAUAAAGUCAAGUUUGAUAUAUCCCAGAAAGUUCCUGCAGUGAAAUUCGAAACUAAUAGAAAAAUACGCAACCGGUUUAUCCAGCUAGAAGAUCGGUUUUUAAUUUUGGAUAUUUAUGUCGAGGCCAAUACCACAACCGACAAUAGCGCUGUUGGUGAGGGGAAAUCCCAAGAAAUUGUCCAUAAUCAGGAGAAAAAGACAUUUUUAGGACAAGUAAAGAUCAAUCUUGUUGAUUACAUCUUCAAGAACUUCGAUUGCGAUAAGCUUAGCUUCUCCCAUUCUAACAACUUGUCAAUUGAUAAAUACCUUUUGCAAGAGUCGAAAAUCAACUCUAUUCUCAGUGUGGCCAUUAAACUAGAGCUUGUUAAAGGGCAUUAUCAAGACUUUCUGAACCGUGACUUCAUCAAAAACGGGGUGUACGAAUCUCUGGUGCCAGCUAAUAACACUUUGUCUGCCAAUGAUGGUGCUCAUCUUAAAAAAACCAUGUCCAAGAAUCUGAGUAUUCAAGAUGAAACUCUGGAUUAUUUAGCAUCCAAUUGGAGCCAUCAUGGUGAUAACAUAUCCUCAAUGAAAAGCGAAAGGGGAAAAACUGGCUCAAAGUUUCUGGAAGGGCUUUCGAUCAGUGAAAAGGCAUCUAAGCACGGAAGUUCCAAUUCGAUUAGUAAAUCAAUGCUUCAUGAUGAGUUCGAAAACACGAUUAAUAUUGGAGAGAAUUCCAAUAUCAACAAUGUUGACAUCAUUACCAAAUUAUACUAUAAGACAUUUAAAGUACCAUGGGAUGAGCGACCAAAUGAGUUCAAUCCAAAAGAAUGUAUCGAUGAUAUUUUUGUUGGGGGCAAUGGGUGGAAAAGAACCGUUGAUGGGGUCAAUCUAAUAGAUUUGGAUUACACUGACUUGAGUAAUAAUCAAGUUGCAGAAAAUAAUAAUAGAAAUCAUAACGGUAACAAGGCAAGGCCUUACUUUUCACCGCCGUUAGAAACUGAUGAAAGAAAGAACAUGGAUAAUCGACAAAAUUCCACCGAUGAUCAUUGUCGAUUGAAAACACCCAAAUUUACUACGCCAAACCUCUCGAUCCCCAGGAUCUUUUUAUCCAAUCAUAAUGAUUCACCUCAGUUGGGAGGGAUAACCAGCCCAGAUGUCGAAUACAUUACCCCUUUAAACCCUAAGUUACGUAAAAUGAAGGAUGGGAGUUCGACAAGUACGAGAAUCAAAAGGUAG